AUGCCUGAGUGCCCCACCUAUAACCACUGUCAGAAGAACCAACCACGCUGUAACGGCAUUCACCGGGGUAUUUGCUGUCUUCUUUCCCUCAUUUCCUAUUCUUACUCUCCAGAUCCGCACCCUUUCCAGGAAUCCGAGUCCGAAAUUAUUUUCCCCGAGGUUUUUCCAGACACAGGUCCACCGGCUCCUGAUAAACCAAAUAGCCGAGAGACUGACGCCAGCUCCGGGGCUCCCGAUAAACCAACUAGCCGAGAGACUGACGCCAGCGCCGGGAGCAGCUCUCGGGAGGUUCGUUCCAUUUCAAACUGGGAAGAGUACGAAUCUCCAGAGCUAUAUCAUUGGGAACCGCAAGGACCGCAAACGGCCGCUUCCUCAGGGCUGAGACUCAAAAUUCCUGCUUUUGGCAGGGACCUGCACCUCAUCCUGAAGAGAGACACUCGGUUUCUGUCCCAGAAAUUCAUGGUGGAAAGGAGACAGAAAACACGAAAGGCAUCUCGGCGCAGUAUGCCAGUUUCGUCCGCUGCCAACACAGAAGAGAGAGGAUGCUAUUACAGCGGAACUGUUCUCAAUUACGCAGGAUCCAUUGCCUCAUUCAGCACCUGCGCAGGACUGAUGGGCUUCAUUCAGCUCAAUGGGGACUUCCUCUACAUCGAGCCUGUCAAUCAAACACUGGCUGUCAUGGGACAGGCUCACCGCGUGUACAGGAGGAAGCGCUCCACCACCGAGGAGAGACAGACAGACAAGCAGACGACGGACAAACAAACAAGGAUCAACUACUGUGGAGUCAUCCCAGAAAGACAGAAGAGUAUGAACAGGAAACCAUCUGAGGGAGGCAGAGGGAAACGGUACUCAUAUAAACUACUCCACGAGUACAACGUGGAGACUGUGGUGGUGGCAGACCCAGCCAUGGUCAGCUACCACGGCUCAGAUGCAGCCAAACGAUUCAUCCUCACCAUCAUGAAUAUGGUUUUCAACUUGUUUCAACACAAGAGCCUGGGCAUACAGAUCAAUAUCAGAUUGACUAAACUUGUGCUGCUUCAGGAAACACCAUCAGACAUGUACAUUGGUCACCAUGGUGAGAAGAUGCUUGAGAGCUUCUGUCGUUGGCAGCAGGAGGAGUAUGGGAAGAAGAGUGUGAUGUCAGACUUUAGCACUCGGUGGAGGGAGGACUUACCCUCCGUGGACACGGCCAUUCUAAUCACAAGGAAGGAUUUCUGCGUGCAUAAAGAUGAACCCUGUGACACUGUAGGCAUUGCCUACCUGAGCGGCAUGUGCAGCGAGAGAAGGAAAUGCAUCCUAGCCGAGGACAACGGCCUCAACCUGGCCUUUACCAUCGCUCACGAAAUGGGCCACAACAUGGGUGUGAGUCACGACAACGACCACCAGUCGUGUGCGGACGGCCUCCACAUCAUGUCGGGAGAGUGGGUCAAAGGUCAGAACCUGGGCGACGUUUCCUGGUCCGGCUGUAGCCGUGACGACGUGGAGAAGUUCCUCCGGUCCAAGGCCAGUAGUUGUCUUCUCCAGACCGACCCGCUGAGCUUGAACUCAGUGAUCCUGCCAUUCAAACACCCAGGGAUGACCUACACGGCAGAUGAACAGUGUCAGAUCCUCUUCGGCGCCACCGCCUCCCACUGUCAGAACAUGCAGUAUGUGAUGUGUUCAGGGCUGUGGUGCCGGGUAGAUGGAGAGAAGGACUGUAAAACCAAACUGGACCCACCCAUGGAUGGCACCGAAUGUGACAUUGGAAAGUGGUGUCGUGCUGGGGAGUGUGUGAGCCGAGUGGUGCCAGUGGAGCCAGCCAUGGGGGAGUGGAGCACCUGGGGUCCUGGGGGAGCCUGCAGUCCAACCUGCAGCACGGGCAUCAGUGGACGCCAGCGCAAGUGUGAGAGUCCCAGUGGGAAAAGCCGGGACUGUGUCGGCUCCAGGAUGCAGUACAGGAUGUGUGAGAGCCCACCCUGCCCUGUUGCGGGAUCCCCCAGCUUCAGGAGACCCAACAGUGCCAGGGGACACUUCAAUCGCCCCUCUCUACACUGGCACUCCGUCAUGGAUGAUGUUCCUGCCGGAUCGUUAGCCAUGAACAUCUCUCACCCCGAACCUUCAACACCCAACCUCUGCCUGAUGGUCACGGGCGCUGCCAGCUCAGUACCGACCAACCACCGCACCCUCAACAACCCAUCCACGCCACCCGCUCUGCUUCCUGGAUAG